AUGAUUAUACUAUUCUAUUUUUUCUUGUUAACUGUUCAAUAAAGGGAUGUUGAAUUCGAUAAAAAUUAUUUUUGGACCUCAAUUGACAAGGUUUAAGACUAGAAUAUAUAUCGAAUCAAAAAUUUAAAGCAGCCUUAUUAUUAUGUUUAGGUUACUUUGUUUCAAAAUGAUUUGUCUUUUAUCCUUAUGUAUGAUUUAAAUUAGAUUGCAUAACUAAAUUCAUCGAAAGGUGACUACGUAAGGUAUUAUUUUUAUUAAUGAAUACGUUAUUAUGAAGGUAGAAGAACCAGAUUUCUGAAAAUAGAACCUAAUGGAAAUAUAAUUUACAUUAGUGCAUAAUCCAAUAUUACUAGUGGAUAUUAUAAUAUAACCAUUUGGGGUAGCAAAGAGGAGUACUGUGAUAAUAGUUGUUCAUAUAAUGGAAAAUGCACNGCUGUAUCUGCACCUGUUGUUUUAGUUGAUGAGGUUCUUAAAUUCUUUUCAAGAAUCAGAAAUGCCAGAUUGUUAGAAGAGAGAAAGAAAAUAUAAUGA